AUGCCGUUGUUUUUUCAACCCGCCCGCUCGUCGCGGCAUAGGAUAGCAUGCCUCGCCCUCUACAAAGCCCUCCUCCGCACCGCCUCCCUCGUCCCCCUCCCCUCCAUCACUGACGACCCGUCGCUGUACAUCCCCCCAGCGAAACCAACCAAGCCCACACCUCCCCCGAUAAAUACCAUAAUCCGCAACGCUUUCAGACGUAACAAGCACGAUGUCUCCCCCCGGCUGAUCACCUCGGCCCUUAAAAACGGGUACAACGCCCUGGCUCUGCUCUCCUCCGCUGCCGACCCUUUGUCUUCCCCGUAUACCCAAAUUGUGGACUUUCUGAGAGAAAACAAAAAACGGGUGGAAUCCCUCCGCGACAGGAGGGAACGUCUCCUUGAUCUGGAGCCGAGUAAUACCCCGAUCCCGGGGACGGUUCCAGUCGUGGUGAAGGUGUCGAAAGAGGGGGAGCCACCUAGAUACAUCCCCAACCCUGCCCGUCCGUUACCACGACCGAUAGAGCAAAUUCCAAACGGGAUACGGAAACCGCCACGGUUGGACGCCGCGGGGACGGUGCCGUUUCUUAGGAUGCAGAAACCGCAAUCUAGGGUUAUCGAGAGGAUUGUGAGGAUUAAGAAUAGGAACAGGGCUGUUAAUACCAUUGCGUUGUCUGAGCUUUACCGGGAGGAUGAUGAGCGGAGGUUGAGGGCUGAGUUGGAGGAUGAGUGGGAUGGGAAGAUGCACCAGCUGCUUCCGUUGGGGAAGGCGGGCGGGUCGGGGGGGUAUGUGAGGGAGUUGGAUGAGGUUGUUGGCUGGUUGGGGAGGGAGUUGAAUAGGGAGAGGGAGGAUAUGAUUGCUAGGGCGGAGGCGUUUUUGGAGAUUGAACGGGUGGAGGAGGAGCAGAUGAAAAAGGAGGAUAGGGAGCGGGUGGAGAGGGGGGAGGUGACGGAGGAGGAGGUGUUCAAGAUGAGGACGAGCUGGAGGAGGAAUAAGAAGGGGAGGGAGGCGGGGAGGUACUAUCAUGAGGAGGAGAGGAAGAAGAGGGGGUUGCCGGUUAGUAAGAAGAGGUAUUUGGAGGGGGUGAGGAAGGGGAGGUUUACGGAGGGGAGUGAUAGGGCUCCGCUGCCGGAGGAUGUGGUAGUAGAAGACCAGAAGAAGUGA